AUCCGCAACAAUUCCAACAGUUUCACCUUCUCAAGCUGCCGUACUGAUCAGUCAUGCCAAGCUUAUCAAACCGAAUAAUGGUACUGCUUAUCAUGGUUUUCGCCAUUCUCUGCUUUACGGUAUCUACUAAUGCCGAACGAAAUAUUGGUGUUUGCAUACGAAACUGCGCGCAAUGCAGAAAGAUGUUCGGCGUGUAUUUCAUGGGACAGAAAUGCGCGGACUUCUGCAUGAAGUAUAAGGGAAAGCUCAUUCCAGAUUGCGAGGACGAGUACUCCAUUCGUCCUUUUCUUCAAGUAGCAGAGUAUGAUUAUUAAUCCUCGGAAUCGAUAGGAACUCCUCGCUUUCUCCAGUAUUUUUAUCUUCGCGUUAUAAUAUUAAGCUGCGCAAAUUGUAUACCAUAGGAAUGCGAAUUUUGACGUAAAUUAUUUUAAUUUAUAUUAUUUUUAGCAUAUAUUAGAAUAGAUAUAUC